AAAGGCGUCACUCAUUCAAGCCUUGUCCUUCGCCUGGACCGCUCCCCGACGGUCUUCAUCGGGUGGGACGGUCUUCAUCGGGUGGAAAGGGCUUGAACUGAGGAGCAUCAUGAAUUCCAUGAUUGCAUUCGUGUUGGUGCUCAUAUGCGCUUCGACAGCUUGUGCAGAAGUUGUGGAAGAACCCGUGACCACGGGAAGAUCUCUGUUAAGUUGGAAUUGGCCGAAUUAUCAUAAAUCGCCUCCUCCGCCUCGCAACUACUACCCUCCCAAAGCUUCUCCUCCUGGUCCCACUCCUGCUUCCCCACCAUCGCCACCGACUCCUGGUGAACCCAUUCCAGACGGUCCAGCUCCAACCCUCGUUCCAGUCCCAAGGCCUGCGCCCGUCCCGGCUCCGAGGCCAGUCUACGCUCCCUACCCGCCUCCGAAAACGUAUCCUCCGGCACCCGUUCCGGCGCCAGGUCCGGCCACCGGACUAGCUCCAGAGACGGCGCCUGUCCCCGCACCGAGGCCAGUCUUCGCUCCCUACCCGCCGCCGAGAACUUAUCCGCCGGCUCCGACUCCAGCUCCAGUUCCCGCUCCGAGACCAGUGUACGCUCCCUACCCGCCGCCGAGAACGUAUCCUACGGCUCCGACUCCAGCUCCAGUUCCAGCUCCGAGACCAGUGUACGCUCCCGUUCCAGCUCCAGGUCCAUCAACGGGCGUAGCUCCGGAAACGGCGCCCGUCCCCGCCCCGAGACCAGUGUACGCUCCCUACUCGCCUCCGAGAACUUAUCCUCCGGCUCCGACUCCAGCUCCAGUUCCAGCUCCGAGACCAGUGUACGCUCCCGUUCCAGCUCCAGGUCCAUCAACGGGCGUAGCUCCGGAAGCGGCGCCCUUCCCGGCCCCGAGACCAGCGUACGCUCCCUACUCGCCUCCGAGAACUUAUCCUCCGGCUCCAACUCCAGCUCGAGUUCCCGCUCCGAGACCAGUGUACGCUCCCGUUCCAGCUCCAGGUCCAUCAAAGGGCGUAGCUCCAGAAACGGCGCCCGUCCCCGCCCCGAGACCAGUGUAUGCUCCCUACCCGCCGCCGAGAACUUAUCCUCCGGCUCCAACUCCAGCUCCAGUUCCAGCUCCCAGACCAGUGUACGCUCCCGUUCCAGCUCCAGGUCCAACAACGGGCGUAGCUCCAAAAACGGCGCCCGUCCCGGCCCCGAGACCAGUGUACGCUCCCGUUCCAGCUCCAGGUCCAUCAACGGGCGUAGCUCCGGAAGCGGCGCCCUUCCCGGCCCCGACACCAGCGUACGCUCCCUACUCGCCUCCGAGAACUUAUCCUCCGGCUCCAACUCCAGCUCCAACUCCAGCUCCGAGACCAGUGUACGCUCCCGUUCCAGCUCCAGGUCCAUCAAAGGGCGUAGCUCCAGAAACGGCGCCCGUCCCCGCCCCGAGACCAGUGUAUGCUCCCUACCCGCCGCCGAGAACUUAUCCUCCGGCUCCAACUCCAGCUCCAGUUCCAGCUCCCAGACCAGUGUACGCUCCCGUUCCAGCUCCAGGUCCAACAACGGGCGUAGCUCCAAAAACGGCGCCCGUCCCGGCCCCGAGACCAGUGUACGCUCCCGUUCCAGCUCCAGGUCCAUCAACGGGCGUAGCUCCGGAAGCGGCGCCCUUCCCGGCCCCGACACCAGCGUACGCUCCCUACUCGCCUCCGAGAACUUAUCCUCCGGCUCCAACUCCAGCUCCAACUCCAGCUCCGAGACCAGUGUACGCUCCCGUUCCAGCUCCAGGUCCAUCAAAGGGCGUAGCUCCAGAAACGGCGCCCGUCCCCGCCCCGAGACCAGUGUAUGCUCCCUACCCGCCGCCGAGAACUUAUCCUCCGGCUCCAACUCCAGCUCCAGUUCCAGCUCCCAGACCAGUGUACGCUCCCGUUCCAGCUCCAGGUCCAACAACGGGCGUAGCUCCAAAAACGGCGCCCGUCCCGGCCCCGAGACCAGUGUACGCUCCCGUUCCAGCUCCAGGUCCAUCAACGGGCGUAGCUCCGGAAGCGGCGCCCUUCCCGGCCCCGACACCAGCGUACGCUCCCUACUCGCCUCCGAGAACUUAUCCUCCGGCUCCAACUCCAGCUCCAACUCCAGCUCCGAGACCAGUGUACGCUCCCGUUCCAGCUCCAGGUCCAUCAAAGGGCGUAGCUCCAGAAACGGCGCCCGUCCCCGCCCCGAGACCAGUGUAUGCUCCCUACCCGCCGCCGAGAACUUAUCCUCCGGCUCCAACUCCAGCUCCAGUUCCCGCUCCCAGACCAGUGUACGCUCCCGUUCCAGCUCCAGGUCCAACAACGGGCGUAGCUCCAAAAACGGCUCCCGUUCCCGCCCCGAGACCAGUGUACGCUCCCUACUCGCCUCCGAGAACUUAUCCUCCGGCUCCGACUCCAGCUCCAGUUCCAGCUCCGAGACCAGUGUACGCUCCCUACCCGCCGCCGAGAACGUAUCCUCCCGCUCCGACUCCAGCUCCAGUUCCCGCUCCGAGACCAGUGUACGCUUCCUACCCGCCUCCGAAAACUUCCCCUCCCGCUCCGGUUCCAGCUCCAGUUCCCGCUUCGAGACCAGUGUACGCUCCCGUUCCAGCUCCAGUUCCCGCACCGGUACCAGCUCCCGUCCCAGUCCCAGCAGUAAAUCCUUCACCGGCGCCUCCGGUCCAAUUCUGCAGGCACCACCUUGACUGCAAGAACGCGCCCAAGACCCUCAACUUCGAGACCAACAAAUACACUUGUUGCGACGGCGUCUGCGUCGACACCAGCUCAGAUGAGCAGAACUGUCUCUUGUGCAACAAGAAGUGCUCCGCAGGGAAGACUUGCUGUAAUUCCAAAUGCGUGGACCUUCGAUCGGACACCAGCAACUGCGGGGAAUGUGGAUUCAAGUGCCCGUGGAAGUUCACGUUCGGCUUUCGAUUUGUUCCCAAGUGCGCUGACGGUGCAUGCUCCUAGAAUCCAGCUGCUUCAACUGUUCUCUGAUCGGCAUCUGGUGAGUGCCCGCAAUUGUCUCUUGCCUUCAGGUUGAAUUCGGGCUCGGUUGACGUGCAACAGCCUUUCGUGCUCUAGCGUAUAUAGCUCUAGCUGCACGCCUUAACCCUUCCUUACUUCGCCUACCUGAUAUAGCUGUCGUCCUUCUUCGAUACAGACUCGCAGCUAAUGAUUCUCUCAUUCAAUCUUCCUGUUCUCUGUCGUAAGAUUAAGGUCCUCUCGGUUCGUAUACAAAACCUCUUACAACCUCCAGUACGGUUACUUUCCACUUUCACCACGAAGCAGUUGUUACGCUUAAAAGAACUUCCGGGCAGCAAAAUGAAUUAGAUGACCGAGCUCCAAGUUGUGGAUUCCAGUGAUGAAUGUGUCAGCUAAAUUUUAUUACGGUGAUGGGAUUCCAGGAGGGCUGGAGAUUACGAUUGUCCAGCCUGUGUAUCACCAGACGUUUUCGUCCUUCUGGAGACCCUGGCGUGAAUAAUUACUCCAUUUCUUGCAGACUUAGAAGCUCAGAUUAAAAAUGCUUAUUUCCAAUUGAAAUAAAGUUAAAUUAGCUGGUGCGUUAUUCUAGAGACUUGCAUGUUGAUAUGAUCUAGCUACCCAUUUGUAGUCAUAAUGCUCCAUAAAUGUCUCGCAAUGAAACUCUUAUUGUUUCCCACAAAGAAUUGACUGGACAGACCCAAGCUUUUUCG